AAAAGUGAAAGCUGACCUGUGCCAUAUUUAUUAAAUUUGAAGAUCAGACGAAAUCUUGGAAAUAUCAAUUAAUCUGUUGAUGAGUGAAAUAUCAAUUAAUCUGUUGAUUAGUGAAAUAAAGUUUGUUUUUGUCACACAAGUUGCGAAAAGAACUAAAGAAAAUGAAGAAUUAUGAAUUAGUUUAAUCUAAGCAGGGUACUCAGAAUGCCUGCUGAGACCCCUGUGUCCCACCAGAAUGGGACAGGAGCACCUAGGGCCACCCUUCUAUGCAGACCGAAUUCCCAUCCCUUCAAUGAUCGUAAUCUGCAGCUGGAUCAGGAGAUCAAGAUCGGCAGAUCGGUCGCCAGAGCCAAACCUACUCUAAACAAUGCAAUUUUUGACUGCAAGGUGUUAAGUAGAAACCAUGCAGUACUUUGGUAUAGCCUGGGAAAAUUCUACCUUCAAGACACUAAGUCAAGCAAUGGAACCUUUGUCAACAACCAGAGGUUAAGCAAAGGAACAGAAGAGUCUGCACCGAGAGAGGUAUGUUCGGGGGACAUUCUACAGUUUGGCGUGGAUGUCAUGGAAAACUCAAGAAAGGUUACCCAUGGUUGCAUAAUUGCCACCCUGAAGCUUUUCCUACCUGAUGGUAAAGAGGCAAAAGUAAGUUUUUAUGAUAAAGACCUUUACCAGCUCAAUACAUAUAUCCAGGAAUCCUUGGCUAGAGAACAAAUGUUGGAAACUAAACUGUUAAACCUGCAAAAAAUUGUAAAUGACACGGAGAACGCCAGUAAAAGCGGAUGGAGAGCACUGAUGGACGAGGAUAGGUUAUUAACAAGAGUUGAGAUUCUGGAGAGUCAGCUGAGCACCUACGGGAAGAGUAUGGGUGAGGAUAAGCUCCGGGAGGAGACCAAGAAGCUGAUGGAGGAUAAGGAGGCGUAUCAGCUGGCAGCUAAACUCAAUAUUAAAAAACUAGUUGAUGAUAGACUCGAGUGUGUGAACAAAAUGAAGAUUUCAGAAACAAGCUUAAUCAAUUUAGAAGCAGAGUUCAAAUCCAUGAAAUCUUUGUACAAUAAUAUACUAGAAGAGAAUAAGAAGCUGACUGAGAGAAUCAGCUUGCUGCAGGAGGAGGUCAACAAUAGAGCCAAGAAGGAAGAGGAGGAGGAGGAGGAGUCAAAUAAAGAUUUAUAUAUUGAAAAUGCCAUAUCAGAAUUGAUUAUAGAGAAUGGGAGUACACUAUUGAACGGAGGACGGGGGGAGAAGAAUGAUGGUUCCCGGGAAGAAGAAGAAGAAGAUGAGUUUAAUCUAACAGACAGAAUGAUUUCAUCAACUGACUCAUUAGACGGAUCUAAACCUGAUGGUGAGGAUGAGGACCAUGAUAUCCUCCAGGGGGAGAACAGCCUCCUGAUUUCCUCCCUAGACGUGUCCGGCCUUAACGAGGCCAACAGACUUAGAGGACUUGUAGAGGAUCUUGUCAGGACUCGGGAGAGGAAUGAGACUGAGAUAAGUUCCCUAAAAGACGCUUUGAGAGAAGCCAGAACAGAUAAUUCAGUUGUUCUUCAGGAUUUAAACAACACGAAGAACAAGCUGGAGGAUGCAGAGAGGUUAAUAGAGACCCAGGACAGCCUCGUUAGGGAGAUGGAGGUCAGAGUACAGGAGAAUUCAAACAGAGAGGGUGGAGGAGGGCGGGAUUCUGAUUUAGUUGAACUAAAUCUCAAGAUUUCAAACCUAGAAGAAGAAAACUAUUUAUUAAAGGAAAAGCUUCGAGAUAAUGAGAUAAAAGACGGUGAUGCCUAUGCAUCUUGUGUUCCGAUGUAUUCCAGUUCUGGGACUCUUGAGUCUUAUGUCCUUGGGGGAAACCACGUGGAAACCUUAAAGCCCGCGAAAAACCGCGCUGAACAAGAAAAUCCGCGAGAAGAAUCUAGAUUUUUAAAUACUCCUCGACUUAGUGCUAGUGAGACAAAUACAGAUACAAUAAAGCCUUCCAGCGCUAAAUUUAAUGACAGUGCACAUGAAGAGUUGAGUCCGUUGGACUCGAGUGAUAGUGCGCUUAAUAUUUCCUGUAGCUCUUGUGGAGACUUGAGCGCGGUUGAGUGCGCACUUGCCGCUGCUGAAGAGAAAAUUGCUAAACUACUCAGAGCUAAAGAAAAAUUAAUUUCUAUUCAGGCGGAGAAGAGUGAGCUUGAGGUUGAGGUUAAUGACCUCCAUGAGGAUAUUCAAGCUCUAGCUGUAACCUCCAGAACUCUAACACUUUGUAAUAUUCUACCUUUAAUAGCUCUGCUUCUGUCCGUGGUUGUUGCCUUUCUACCCUCCAUAUCAUCCAUUCUUGGAACUAAGGACAAGUUGUAACAGUUGCAACAUCCCCCAUACCUAAAUAUACCUACACAACCAGGAGUGUUAUUGCAACCUCCCUAAAUAUACCUACACAACCAUAUUUAUGCGUAUGUCGCAAUAGCCAUGUUUAAGUUACAGCUUAGCCAACUAGCUUGAUAGUGAAACUUGAAUUUAUUAAUCAACUUCCUUGCCACAUUCCCAACUUAAAGGGACUGUAUGCGUAAAUCAAAGUAGUCCUCGAUUUUAAAAAGUGAAUGUCCGACUGUCAACGGUACCGGUUGGUUGAACCACCGUCUAUGUUAGCAUUGAACAAUUUUGAGAUAGACACACGGCGGUAUCGUCUUCAUUAUCGUUCGUUGUGAAUUGGAAAUGUCACUCUUAGAAUUAAGGGUCACUUGAAUUUUCGUCUGCAGUCCCUUUAGUAUUUAAAUUUGACUUUAUCCCAUUGUUCAUCAUCAUUAUCCAUGUAUUCAAAUAUGUAAUAUUUUUCUAAAUGUAAAACAAGAAGAAAAUAUUGAGUUUAUUCGGAUUAGCGUGUACGUCCUUUUAAUUGUACAGUACAGUACAGUACAGUACAGUACAGUACAGUAAUUUUUAAUUGUAAUGCAGUCGUGUUUUGGUUUAGAUACACUUUAUAAGUAAGACAAACUAGUUUUUUUUUAAUGAUCAGUGAUCACCCUUCAUCAUCGUUUUACAAUUGUCAAAAUAGUAAGAAUUUAAUUAUCAAUCAUUAAACUAUCAAAGUUAAAAUUAACCUUUUUUUGUAACAUUUAAUUAUCGUCUAUCAUUAAGCAUGGCAGGGAUUUUACACUUAAAGAGCAUGGCAGCGUAAUGUUUAAGUGACCCUCCAUGUAAAGAUAACAAUGCCCGAUUCACAACGGUUUCCUUAAAAUUUUUCUGUGACCAAGUAUUAAAAUUAUAUCAAUGUUUAUAAUUUUUAAAACAGUUUAUUUUCAAGUGUGGUUUUUUUACUAAAGUUAUUUCUGCAGAAAAAUUUAUAUCAAUAAUCAGAAUUAAACACUUGUAAUCCUAGUGAAUCGGCAAUUGCCAUCUUUGCAUGGAGGGUCACUUACGCUUAAAGAUACCAUUGAUUAAUUUCAGUUAAUGAAAUUUCACGUGACCCUCUAGGUUGGCCGUUGCCAUAUAAUUAUUUAAUAUUUAACUUGAAAGUUAAUUUUCUAUGCAAACUGUAUUUUUGGCCUAACAAACUUUUUAUAUAGUAUUUAUGUGUUUUCGCUUAGAACAGAAAGAUCCAUAAAACUUUGGAAUAGGAAGACGACUUAAAAGUUCUGAUUUAAAAGUCAGAUAAACACGACUCACAGUUAUGUUGCAGUGUAUAAAACCUAACCCCAUUUAUUAAGUUGAUUUUCACACUAUUUGCUUUAAAACAACGUCCAAAAAAGAUAUGAUGGCUUGAAUGUCGUCUUCCUAUUCCACAAUGUUAUGGUUUCUCUGAAUAGGAAAAUGGAAAACCUAUAAACGAAAUAAUUUUCACAACAUGUAAACGGACAUGGCAAAUUGUAGAGAUAGAAGAUCAACUAAACUUGUAAACUUCAUUGUCAAUACAUCCAUGGAAAAUACCUCGAUUUUAUAAAAUUUCAAAAUUCACACAGAAAACUUAUCAGAAAACGUUUUUUUCUAGAAUUUGAUAUGAAAAAUUAACGUUAAAGUGUAUUAUUAUCAGCUCGUAGAUCGGUUAUUUUUUGGGGAGGUCCUCGUGUAUGCUUAGUGCUCCCCCCCCCCAUUAGAAUUCGUUUUCUACAUAAUCAUUCCCCAGUACAGUACAGUACAGUACAGUACAGUACAGUACAUUACAGUACAGUAAGGCUUAAAGAAUAUCCCUUUUUAUUAAGUGGCAUGUCCUAUUCACAAUGGUAUCUUAAAAAGUUUGACUGAUCCUGAAAAUUCAAAUUAAACGUGUAGUUUUUUUAAAUUAGCACAUGUAUAAGUGACAAUAGCUCCUUCAUCGUUGUGAAUGGUACACAUGCCACCAUUUUAAAUGGGGCUUCCCUUUAUAUAUUUAUUGACAUCAAUAACAUACUAUUCACUUUAUGUCGCAAUCUUGUGAAGUUGUUGGACUGUGGUAUACAGAAACCAAAUCAUAUUUUUUAACUUUGUCUGUGAAUAAUCAAGCCGUG